AUGGAAGCUCCUGCACCCUUCGCGCCGCUUGCCGCCGAAGCACCGGCGCUCCCGCGUCCCUCGGAGCGGUGUCAACGCUGCGGCAGUCUCUUCCCGAGCGAUGCCAACUUCUGCGCGCGUUGUGGACUGGCGCGAAGCACCGACGGGCAAAGCUACCAACAUCCGGAGAAGCUCUUGCCCGGCCCACCUCUCCGUCACGAGCACCGCACGAGCCCUGGCUUCAGCACGUCCCAGCUGCCACCCGAACCGGAUCUGGGCGGACCAGGGGCGGCUCCAGGGGUUCAACCGCAGACCAUGGCGAAGCAGAUGAUGUCGUGGUUGGGCGGCGCUCCAGCCCCGCCUUCCACCCUGACGCCUGGUGGAUUCACAUCGCCGGAGCCGCCCGGGCAACUGUCAGCUCCAAAGGGCAUCAAGAGCAAUUGUAGGUCAAUGAAGAAUCAACGACACUGCCCACCAUCAACGCUGGGGCCACUGGGGCCUGUUUGUGGGUGA